AUGAAUUGGAUUGCUUUUUUUUCCGUCUGCCGCUCGUUGGAUCAUUCAUUCGAUUUGUAACGUUCGGUGUCGAAGAAUCGCGCAGCGCAGGAAAAAGCGAAUCGUAAUGGCUAUCUUUUAGCAGAGAAAAUGCAGUGUUAUGUGAAUUUAAGUGGCUAGUUUGAUGAUUAUGGAAGGCCAUUCGGGAUGGUACGAUGUGUUGAUAUCCGAUUGUGGAAUAAUCGUAGAAAUGUUACCUGAAAAAUUGGAUAGUAUCUAACGCAGAGCAGAUUAAAAAAAGUUCGUUACCUGCUAGUGCUGCUGCUACAUCGCUAUCCUGUUUUGUGUGGAUGGAAUCCGGUGGAAAUUUGACUGCCUGGAUUGUGUAUGCCCGGAAGACCUAGUUAGAAGGGCAGGAAAACUGAAUGCGACAAAAAGUGCAGUGUGUUAUUCCUGAUUUGCAGUACCAGGAUCGUGUUCUUAUGCCUCAGCUUGUAGUGGUGUUAGUGGUUAACAUCGAAGUUUGUCGUAAUUAAAUGUGGCGGAUACUGCUCUAGUAACAGUCGUUCUGAAUUCCAUAACAUAAGUUUAUUUUUUAAUGUUCGAUAGUGGCGCGAGGCUAUUAUGAAAGAAAUAGUGCGUUGUAAUACUAAAGGAACGAAAGCAAACGAGUGUGCUUCAUCCAGACAUGAAAAGGUGAAACCGCGCGAGUGUGUCAAAGGAUUAGGUGUGAAAGCGGAGCAGAAUCCAAGUGUUUCUACGCAAAUGAGAAAUCCAAUAUCGUUAUCGAACCAAGUACCAUUGAUUCCGAUUGAGAAUAAAAACCGCACCGAGAGGAUGGAUCAUCCUUCCGCUGAGAAAGCUCAAUGUGAAGCCAUGUUGAUUUCACCCCCGCCAACGCCAGAGAACGCCCGUAUCUGCCUGGUGGGCUCGGUUGCCCACGACAAAUCCACUCUGUCCGCGGCGCAAUCCUUCAAAGUACCGAUCGUUCUGUCGGAAACUGGCACCGAAUACAUAUCGGACAGCAGCUUUGUCACCUACUUCGUCCUGGAGCACUUCGAGGGCCCGGUUUAUGAUGCAAUUUAUCGCUCCAAGCACAGAAUCCUUGGUCCGCCGGCCUUGCAGCAGGCUGUACAAGCCGGCAAUGGACUGCUUCGAAACAAUCGUCCCAUCUACAACUACUGCAUGAGAGGCGUCAUCACGUGCUUCACCGGCAUUCGAAAAAAGGAUGAAUUGACUCGUCUCGUCGAUUUGAUCCAUUCGAUGGGAGGGUCAAUCCGAAAGGACAUGAACACCAAGGUUACCCAUCUGAUAUGUAACACUACCGGUGGCGAGAAGUACCAGUACGCCAUGACAUUCCGCCUCGCGGUCGUCCGUCCCAGCUGGGUCACGCACGCGUGGCAGAAUCGCGAUGACCCGAGUCUGGUUGCCACUUCGGAAGAGUUCACCAAAAAUCACCGGCUAAAGGCGUUCGAGGGCCAGAAAAUAUGCUUUUUCGGGUUUCCCCCGGAGGAACAUCAGCACAUGGUCGAUGUGCUCACGAUGAACGGCGGCAUACCUACCAAUUUGGAAGAUCCGGAAUGUUCGCAUGUGGUCAUGUCCAACACUGGCGAGCAUUUCAGUGACGCUCUAAUACCGACUGUAACCUCGCCAAAAGAUAAGAAUACAUCUUCCACCUCAUCUUCAUCAUCAUCAUCAUCAUCAUCGUCGUCACCCUCACCGCCAAUGGAUAAGGAAGAUAACAACGAGAAUGAGCCUAACAAUUGUCGGAUGGAGGGCAAUUUAGUAGAUCCGGUGAAGUCUGAGAAACAGGGGGCCUUUAUUAGACGAUUGAACGAGUGCCAACGUAAGGAGGAAGAAGGAGCAGAGAUGCUGAACCCAUUGCCAGCCUUACCGGAAGAAAGUGAAACCAGUGAAAGUAGCGCUCAGCUGGAGGUGGAUCACGUCAGUAUUGCUGAAAAUGAGAACAAUUUAAACAUUGAUUGCGAACAACAGCAGCAGCAACAACAACAACAAGAAGAGGAGCAAUUGAAUGUUUCACCCAUCAGAUAUAUGGAUGAAAAUGUUGAAAAUUCGACUCCAAAACAUUCGCCUACGGAGGAAAUAUCCAAGAAAACCGAUGGCAUUGUUCUAACCUCAGGAGAAGAAAUAGAAUUCCUUAAUCCGAAUAAUAUUUCACCGAUAUUGAAAAUCAAUAGAUUAACUGACGUUUCUUUGAAAAAAAUUUCCGAGGAAGAUGACGACGACGACGAAGAUGAUAUGGAUGACUACAUUAUUGCUAAUAAAGAUGCUCUGAAGCGGAAACGUCAGGAAGACAGCUUCGAUGAUUUAUCGAUCAUAUCGACUGAUUCACUAGCUAGCAGCGUGGCCUAUGGAUCCGCGAAGAAACCCAAGCUGAUUCGUACGGGAUCCAUCACAAGGGGCCUCCGCAGAAGUAUGAGCUUUGCAGCUAUCAAAACUCCAAUCACAUCAAUGUUCCGAUCCCGGCGAAAUUCCGUCGAUCCGAACUCAUCCAUAAGUUCUAUUGCGUCCAUCGAGUCGACUUUCAAUGAGUCGAUAAAGAAGCCGGUCAAAGAGAAGCUUCGAAGCAUACGCGACAAGAUUACCAAAAGCAACAAGAAGGAAACGCCCAAGUCGAUCAAAAAUAAAGGUUUAAUAACCCCUGCUAAUUUGGACAACCUUAAAAAGGUAUGCAAUUUCAAGACCGACAAGAACGUCAACACUCCAGAGCAUUCCAAGAUCGGUGAUAAGAGUGAGGUCGAUUUCAAAACUCCAAUUGCACCUCCCCUGUAUCCUAAUUGUUCAUCAUCUUCGAAAGCCAAAAAGAAAAGCUUCUUCCGUCACUCGAUGAUCGCCUCGGGUUCGAGUGCAACCGCAUCCUCCCAGCUUGACUCCAAUCCGUCGGCAUUCGACGCUGGCCUCGCAAACAUUGUUGUAUCGACGGAAAAAGAAGCCUCAAAUGUGGCGGCGAAUCUGGCCACAAUCGAACUUAACGCACCACUGGCGGCAGCCGAUUACACAAACCCUGCAGUCGUCACGGCUGAAACGAUUGAUGCCGAGGGUGAAACUGUAACUACAGUAAAAGUAAUAGCAGCAGCAGCAUCAGCAACGACAAGAACAGCAGCAGCAAUAACAAUGGUUGUUGAUGAGCACGUCGUGUCGUCCAAACCGGAGCCCAAGAACAACAAAACGCACAUAGUGAAAGCGGAUUGGUUCUGGUAUACAAUUCAGAACGGUUACGCGGAUGAGGGUUACUACCUUUUCGGAGACUAUUUAGAUAGCAUUGCGAACACUCCAGGAGGUGAUCGGAGGGAUUCGCUUCCGAUCAGCUUCAACAAGCGCAAGCGAAAACGACUCUCCCAUCGGACGCCGGCCAGCGACGGUACGCCGUUGGGAGCGGGUAAGCGAAGAUCUUCCGUUUCCGAUGCAGGUUUGCUGUCGGUAUCCGGCAGCUUUCUGGACUGCACGACCAGCCCGGACAAGCAUGAGGGCAGCAAGAAGAACAUCAUCGCAGAAACGGUGGACGUUUCGAUUGAACAGCCUGUCAAGGGUCAAUCGAUGAGGUAUAAUCAUUUCACAGAUUUCUACCGCACAGAGUCAAACUACGUAGGAAUAUUGGACACGAUUGUGAAUCUGUUCAAAGUACCCCUUGAAGAGAUGAUUGAAAAGGAACCGGAGAAUGCACUGCUUAACAAAUCAGAAUUGAAGGCGAUCUUCAGCAACUUCCUGCCUAUUCACGACGUUCACAAACGAAUGCUGAAUCGGUUAAAGGAGAUACACGGCAGCUGGACCGAGGAACAUCUGAUUGGCCAAAUCAUUCUGGACUACAAAGAUGACCUUUACGUGGCGUAUCCACCGUACGUGAACUUUUUCGAACAAACGAAAGAAACACUGUUGCAGUGCGACGCGGGCAAUCCACGCUUUCAUGCAUUUCUGAAAAUCAACCAAGCGAAACCGGAAUGCGGACGCCAAACUUUGCAGGAUCUUAUGAUUAGGCCUGUCCAAAGGUUACCUAGCAUUAGCUUGCUGUUGAAUGAAAUUUUAAAGCACACCUCAAAGAAUAACCCGGAUCAUAAAAAGCUGGUGGAAUCACUGGAAGCAAUCAAAGAGGUUAUCAAGAACAUCAACGAAGAUAAACGGAAAACGGAAAGCAAGCUGGCAAUAUUCGAUAUCUUCAACGACAUUGAAAAAUGUCCGCCCCAUCUGGUAUCUUUCCACCGGCAGUAUGUAUCGCGCUGCGAGGUUACCGAGCUCUCGGACAGCCUCAGCGGCCGGGGUGACACGUUGGUACUGUUUCUCCUCAGCGACACGCUGGAAGUGUGCAAGAAACGAUCACGAGCACCGAACAACGCAAAAUCGCCCAGCACAAAUGGACUAAAUACGACUCGUUGCCAGGCCAGCAAACCAUACAAACACGUCAAACUGAUGCCACUCAGUUCGAUUCGGCUGGUGGUAAAUAUCCAGGACAGUCCUCGGGCGUUUGCUUUGAACUGUCGCGCCACGACAGACAGCAAGGAUCAGCUGCAUUCGUUUAGCAUUUGCGACGAUGAAAAGGAUAAGAUUAUCUAUCUCAAAAGCUUAUGCCAGCAGCUGGCAGAGAACGCAUGCAAGGCCGAUGCAAAAACGUUCAUGGUGAGCUGCGACUCGGAGGAACUUGGAAUCGACGUCAGUGACAUCAACGUGGGUACGCUCUCGAAGGCAUUUAAAUUUGCUACCCGUACCAGGCUGAGGGUUGGCCGUGCACUUUCAUUCAACAAAACGCCAUCCAAGUUGAAGCGCGCCGUCUCAUCGAUGAUGACGUCCUCUUUCGGCAGCACUCAGUCGCUGACACCGGCUUCCCAGUUGGCCCAGAUGAAGCUGGCAAGCUGUACGAACAUAAACGAAGUGGGUGAGGAGUCGUCCGAAACCGAUUCGAAAGCGUCCUCGUCACCGUCGUCGGCGUCGGAAAUCCUGGUAGCCCCGAUGUCCGUCCAGCCGACUCGCAAGAACAAGAAUCCGCCGAUGUCGAUAGCAGCACUGCGGCGGCUCUAGUCUGGAGCGUAACACCCACCGACCGAGGCCCAUACAUACUUUCAUCCAACGCUGGCUUUCUGAUAUGGUUUCGUUCCGGUUUGGCUUCUGUGCCGAACUAUAUUUUUUGUGGUUAUUAUCCGUCUAUUCCGGUACGAGAGGGAGAUAGAGACAGAGGGAGAGAGCGAGAGGGAGCAUUGUGUCGACAUCACACAAUCACGGAAAUGUCCUCGAUUUUUCUGUGGCACUAUUCGAAGCAGCUUUUGUUUUACCUUAGUUUUGGGCUGCAUCUGUUUUUUUUUCUUUUUAUUACUUUUCCUUUUUAAUUUUAAGGUGUCAGGAAAGAUUUUUCUCCUGCUGGCGAAGAGAAAAAUCGGUUCAAUACCAACUAUGAGACCAUACGCAGAGAUAAAAAUGCUACCCGCAGCUCAAAGAUUUGUGGUAUUAAGCAGGGAAAGACAGGAAUAACAUAUUUUUCUUCCAUUCUCGUGAUGAAUGGUUGUUGGCAGAAGAUAAUUGGAGAAAUUGUAUUCAGUUGAGGGUAACCAUUUAUUUUUAGGAUUUUCAGUUUCAUAGAUGUAUCAGUAUGCGUACGUCCUUUGUACGAAGUGAAGUUAGCUAGCGUACAGAAAUAAAACUAAAAGACAAUCACAAUGGAUAAAUGAGAUCUGUGUAAUAUAGAUCUGGUCAAGUGAGCCUUAGUAAGAGAGCACAAAAUGUGUUCGUAUUCUAGGAUAUGAAUCUGUUCGAAUAUAAACCGUUUUGAACCGUUUUGCUAUGCAAUUAUAGCUUUUUUAAUUUUCUAGACUAUUGUGAAUGUUUGUGAUGAAGAAAACAAUACAGAUGAUAAAGGUACUUCUAUCUUUUUC